AUGGGUGGCGGCGACUUGAACCUCAAAAAGAGUUGGCACCCGCAUCUCCUCACCAACCAGCGACGAGUAUGGGAAUCCGAACAGGCGGCGCUUGCUGAACGUAAGAAGACUCAGGAGCGCAUCGCCGAGCUCAAGAAAGAGAGGGCCGAGGAGGAGAUUCAACGACAACUCGAAGCCUCGGGCGCUCGCAAGCGUGUUGACCGAGUCGAAUGGAUGUACCAGGGCCCUACCGACGGCCAGGUCGGUACUGCCGAGGAGAGAGAGGCGUUCCUGCUCGGCAAGCGGAGGAUCGACACCAUCCUCAAGGAUGGCGAGACUAAGAAACUCGAGAAGCACGCGAGCCAAGAGAGCUUUAUGGCGCUGCAGAAUGCCAACAGCGCCCGCGACACCGCAUCCAAGAUCAGAGAAGACCCACUGCUUGCCAUCAAGCGCCAGGAGCAACAGGCCUACGAAGCAAUGAUGACCGACCCGCUCAAGAGGCGUCAACUCCUAGCGUCGAUGGGCAUAGUCGACGAGAAGGAGAAGAAAAAGGAGGAUCGGCACCACAAGCGCAGGCAUCAUCACAGACGGCGACAUCAUGAUGACGACUCAGAUGAUGAACGACGGCACAAGCGGAGAAGGUCAGACUCGAAUGAGCGACCGAGGGAUAAACGAAGAUACGAGUCCGAUGACGAGGACCGAUCCAGGAGGCACAGGCGUGAUUCUAGGGAGAGGCGGCGGCACGACUCUGACGAGGAGGACCGGAGUCGGCGCGACAGGCGCGAGCACAAGGACAGGCGCAGCGGGGAUAAGCGCGAACGUUCAAGGUCUCGGUCCCCAAGGCGCGAUACUUCACGGGAUGGAGACCGGCGGCGGUCACGUCGGGAGGAUGGCGAGGAGCGCCAGAAAGGAUCGCGGCGCGAUUCGGUCGAGGAAGACCGCAGGUCUCGGCGCCCGCGGUCACCUCGAGAUGAUCGGGAUCGCCAACGUGAGGACUAUCGAGCAGAGCGGCGCACUGGAGGUGGUUACAGGGACUCCAACCGAGAUGGGCCGAAUCACCGCAAUGACCGGCCGCGAAAUAGAAACGGAGGUGGAGGCGGAGGCGGCGGCGCGGCAGACGACAAGGCCGCGGAGGAGGAGCGGGCACGCAAACUCGCAGCCAUGCAGGAUGCUGCUUCCGAUCUGGAUCAGGAUCGAGAGCGCCGCCUAGCUGACAUCGAACAGCGGGAGCGUGCUGAACGGGAAGCUGACGAGCAAGCGCGGCAAAAGGAUUCGAAAUAUGGAGAUCGCGCAUUUGCCAACGGCCUUCAUCGUAAGGCUGGAGAUAUGGCACUGGCCGACAGGAUCGGCAGGAGCCGGCAGGGUCUGCAGAAAGAUGAUGAUUAG